GCUGUGAGCUGUGCUUAUUUAUACAGUCAGACAGGGUGCUUGUAGCUGCUAGGUGCUAUUUUAUUACUUUAUUUUGCUGCAUCACUGAAGCUAAGAAAAUGACACACAAGCUGGAAUACGUCACAUUCUUUAAUGGCCACAAGAUGCCAAUUGUCGGCCUGGGAACGUGGCAGUCACCGAAUGGGGAGGUGGGUCAGGCUGUGGACGCAGCACUGGAGGCUGGCUACCGCCACAUAGACACUGCCUACGCCUACGGGAAUGAGGCGGAGAUAGGCCAGACCCUGAAGAAGUGGUUCGAUUCUGGGAGACUGAAGAGGGAGGAUGUUUUCAUUGUGACGAAGCUUCCAUUCAAUGGAAACAGAGCGGAGUCUGUGGAGAAGUACCUCAAGAAAUCCCUCGAGGCACUGCAGCUGGAAUAUGUUGACCUGUACCUCAUUCACCAUCCUGUAGGUCACCUAGAUGUGGAUGGCUCCGUUUUUCCAAGAGACAAGGACGGAAAACUUCUUAUCGAUAUGAAUACUGAUCACAUCAGCCUGUGGAAGGCCAUGGAAGCCCAAGUGGACUCGGGCAGAGCGCGCUCCAUUGGGCUAUCCAACUUCAACUCCAGACAGGUGAAGCGCAUCUGGCAGGCGGCGCGCAUCCCCCCGGCCAACCUGCAGGUGGAGCUACACGUCUACUUCCAGCAGCGCGAGCUGGCCGCCUUCUGCCGCGCCCUCGACAUCACCAUCUGCGCGUACGGCCCCCUCGGUUCUCCGGGGAUGGUCGAUUUUGUCCGCAGACGGGGUGGUGACACCAGCAAAAUCGUGCAGCUGAGCCCCAUGUCAGACCCCGUCGUGGUGGACAUCGCGCAGCGGCACGGUAAGACUCCCGCUCAGGUGCUGCUGCGCCACCUCGUGCAGCACAGGAUAGUUGUCAUCCCGAAGAGUGUCAAGCCGGAGCGUAUCCGGCAGAAUUUUGAUGUAUUUGAUUUUGAACUGACACCAGAGGAUAUGGAGAAAUUGGACACACUCGAUAUGGGACCAAAGGGACGGAUGUUUGGUGAUAGCAUUGGUCCGGAGAGAUUGAGACAUCCAGAAUACCCAUUCAAGGAGCGCUACUAGAACAACAAAAGUUGCAUUACACCAUCUGCUUUUGGCAAGUGGACGAUGGCGACAAGAUUUAUGCAGUAGUAAGUUUGUACAUCAUACUAAAGUUGCACCCGUACUUUUAUUAUUUACUGUUAACAUUUUUAUAAACUGUCUAAAUAUGUAAUUAUUAUUAAACAGUAAAAUAAAUGGAAGACGAAUA